UGCGGGCCGCCCGCCCGCCCGCCGCGCCGGCGCCAUGAAGAGGCAGAGCGAGCGAGACUCGAGCCCGAGCGGGCGCGGCUCGUCAUCGUCGGCCAAGCGGCCGCGGGAGCGCGAACGGGAGGCGGAGGCGGGCGGGCGGCGGGCGGCGCACAAGGCCUCGGGCGGCGCCAAGCAUCCCGUUCCAGCGAGGGCCCGAGACAAACCCCGCGGUAGCGGGGGCGGCGGGGGUGGGCAUCGUGACGGCCGCGGCGCCGGGGACGCAAAUCACCGUGCGAGCAGCGGCCGCUCCUCGGGCUCGGGCGCCGGCGGCGGGGGACGCGGCGGCAAGGCCUCCGGGGACCCAGGCGCUUCAGGUGCUUCACCCCGCGCGUCUCCACUGCCACCACCUCCGCCACCUCCCGGGGCUGAGCCCGCGGGUCCCGGCUCUUCGGCAGCCGCGCCCGAGUACAAGACGCUGCUCAUCAGCAGCCUCAGCCCCGCGCUGCCCGCCGAGCACCUCGAGGACCGGCUCUUCCACCAGUUCAAGCGCUUCGGCGAGAUCAGCCUGCGCCUGUCGCACACACCGGAGCUGGGCCGCGUGGCCUACGUGAACUUCCGGCACCCGCAGGACGCACGCGAGGCCCGCCAGCACGCCUUGGCCCGCCAGCUGCUGCUCUACGACCGGCCGCUCAAGGUGGAGCCCGUGUACCUGCGUGGUGGCGGCGGCGGCGGCGGCGGCGGCGGCGGGAGCAGCCGGCGAAGCAGCAGCAGCAGCGCUGCCGCCUCCACGCCGCCCCCGGGGCCGCCCACGCCCGCCGACCCGCUCGGCUACCUACCCCUGCACGGCGGCUACCAGUACAAGCAGCGCUCGCUGUCCCCAGUAGCCGCCCCGCCGCUGCGAGAGCCCCGCGCCCGCCACGCUGCAGCAGCCUUUGCCCUGGAUGCUGCCGCUGCUGCCGCAGUGGGACUAUCCCGGGAGCGGGCCCUGGACUACUACGGGCUGUAUGACGACCGCGGGCGCCCCUACGGCUACCCUGCUGUGUGUGAGGAGGACCUGAUGCCUGAAGAUGAUCAGCGGGCCACGCGCAACCUCUUCAUCGGGAACCUGGACCACAGCGUGUCUGAGGUGGAGUUGCGGCGGGCCUUUGAGAAGUACGGCAUCAUUGAGGAAGUGGUCAUUAAGAGACCUGCCCGUGGCCAGGGUGGUGCGUAUGCCUUCCUCAAGUUCCAGAACCUAGACAUGGCCCACAGGGCUAAGGUGGCCAUGUCGGGCCGGGUGAUUGGCCGAAACCCCAUUAAGAUAGGCUAUGGCAAGGCCAACCCCACCACUCGCCUCUGGGUGGGCGGCCUGGGACCUAACACCUCACUGGCCGCUCUGGCCCGGGAGUUUGACCGCUUUGGGAGCAUUCGGACCAUUGAUCACGUCAAGGGAGAUAGCUUUGCUUACAUCCAGUACGAGAGCUUGGAUGCAGCUCAGGCCGCCUGUGCAAAAAUGAGAGGCUUUCCCUUGGGUGGUCCAGACCGGAGGCUGCGUGUGGAUUUUGCCAAAGCAGAGGAGACUCGGUAUCCCCAGCAGUACCAGCCCUCACCCCUCCCUGUGCAUUAUGAGCUGCUGCCCGACGGAUAUACCCGGCACCGAAACCUGGAUGCAGACCUACGGGUGCGGGAUAGGACCCCCCCCCACCUCCUGUACUCGGACCGAGACCGGACCUUUUUGGAAGGGGACUGGACCAGCCCUAGUAAAAGCUCUGACCGCCGGAACAGCCUGGAGGGCUACAGCCGGUCAGUGCGCAGCCGGAGUGGGGAACGCUGGGGAGAUGGGGACCGGGGCCUGCCCAAGCCCUGGGAGGAGAGGCGGAAGCGGAGGAGCCUUUCCAGUGACCGAGGGAGGACAACCCACUCCCCUUACGAGGAACGGAGCAGGACCAAGGGUGGUGGGCCGCAGGUGGACCGGGGCUCUGACCGCACUCCUGAGCGCAGCCGUAAGGAGAACCACUCCAGUGAGGGGACCAAGGAGUGCAGCAGCAACUCCCUCAGCAACAGCAGACAUGGGGCUGAGGAGCGGAGCCACCACCACCACCAUGAGGCUCCAGACUCUUCUCAUGGGAAGAAGACACGAGAGAGCGAGCGCAAUCAUCGGACCGCUGAGGCUGAGGCCAAGCCUCUGGAAGAGCCAAAACAUGAGACCAAAAAGCUCAAGAAUCUUUCCGAGUAUGCCCAGACCCUGCAGCUGGGCUGGAAUGGGCUCCUGGUGUUGAAAAACAGCUGCUUCCCGACAUCUAUGCACAUCCUGGAGGGGGACCAGGGGGUCAUCACUGGCCUCCUCAAAGACCACACUUCCGGGAGCAAGCUGACCCAGCUGAAGAUCGCGCAGCGUCUGCGCCUGGACCAGCCCAAGCUCGAUGAGGUCACGCGUCGGAUCAAGCAGGGGAGCCCCAACGGCUAUGCGGUGCUCCUCGCCACCCAGGCGACCCCCAGCGGGCCUGGCACAGAGGGGAUGCCCGCGGUGGAGCCAGGCCUACAGAGGCGGCUUCUCAGGAACCUGGUCUCCUACUUGAAACAGAAGCAGGCAGCGGGGGUGAUCAGCCUGCCGGUGGGUGGGUCCAAGGGCAGAGACAGCACGGGCAUGCUCUAUGCCUUCCCACCCUGCGACUUUUCACAGCAGUACCUCCAGUCAGCACUGAGGACAUUGGGCAAGCUAGAGGAAGAACACAUGGUGAUAGUUAUAGUAAGAGACACUGCCUAGCCCAGACCUAUUUGCAGCUCCGCAUUUGUGUCACAAAAAGCAAUUAUUUUAAAAAUCUGAUCACCACUCCCUCCCCACAUCCUAUCCCCUUGGUUUGAAUUCUCUGCUGGGUUAUUUUGGUUCAUUGGAUGGGGGACCAGAGUCCUGACCCCCACCAAAACUAAGUUCUUAGUUUUCCGGGGGGGGUUUUUGUUUGUUUGUUGUUUUUGUUUUGUUUUGUUUUUUUACAGCAACGAGAAAGGGACUCCUGUCACGUUGAUUUCUAGUGUACAAGAUACUGUCUGCUGUGUUCUGUAUUUUUUUUAUUUUUUGACUAACUGUAUGGAAAGUUGUCAGUAAAGCCUUUGUCAGAGGAUGGAUUUUUAAUCCUGUUCAGAGUCCUGGUUUAAUCAAGUUUUUCCUCCGUGAAUGGAAGACUUUUCCCUACUGCAUGCACACAAAUGCCCUACGUCAGCUUUGCAGCCCAGGUAUAGCCCCGAGUCCUGCUGUGUUGGUGGCUCAGUCCCUCAGCUCUUUGGGCCCAGUCAGGACUACGUUCACAUUUGUUUUUAGCCUUGGCCGAGAGCAGGUUCACUUUGCCUCUGGACCCUGCCCUGCCUGCCUGAGCAGAGCCCGUGAGCCUAAGCUCUAUAGCCUUUGGUGGUUUGAGUUUUUGUUUCCUGCACUGUCCAUUCGUUUUGAGCUGUGACUGUCCCACCACGCCCAAUCUUGGGGGCCUUUUGGAAGCAGGUAGUGUUGAGCAGUCGUGUGGUCUUGUAGCGGGGAGGGGGGGGACCAGUACAGUACUGAUGCCACAGGGUCACAGAUCAGACGCAGGCUCCCCCUCUUGUUCAGCCUUAACAUGGCUGUUGCGGCAGCGCAGGAACACCCAGCUGGAGGCAGAGCUGCCUCGGACUCCCGGGGACACUGGAGGCCAGAUGCCAGAACAGAGGGUGGAAAGAAGCUGCUUUUGGCUAAUUUUUGAAAUUUACCCAGUGUUUGUGAAUUCUGGUUCUUCCUUUCUUGUUUGGGGGCUAGGCUUUUUAGGGGACACUGAACCCCUGCACUGAAGAAUUUUUGCAACACUGUAAGGGAGCACAGGAGGUUAGGAAGAUGCUCUUACCUGACGUACCUGUUUCCCAGGCAUAAGGUGGGAGCGUGUGCCUUGGCCUCUUGCCCUGCUGCUGAGGUGGGACCACUGGGAGGUGUUUCUGUGGGGAAAUGAAGUCACAGGUGCCAAGGUGUUGGGGGCAGUGCUAGUCAGGCCAAUCAAGCCAAGCUGGGGAGGAAUAUGGAGGCAUCCUCCAGCUGGGAGGGAAAGAUGGCGGGAAAGAGUAAAAUACGGUCAUCCCUGGUCCCUAAUGAGGUCAGAGGGCAAAUGAAGCCAGCACCAUUGGGGACCAGGGAGGGAACCCAGUCAGUCAUAAACAGUUGUCACAUAGAACAGAGUCCACAUACACUGUUCAGAGUGUUCGUGAGGAUCGCUGUCACAGCUGGGGGCCAACAGCAGCCUCAGUAAGAGAAAUGAGGCAACUGGCCAGGAACUCCAGGUUCUGCUGGGCCCACCACUCUCUGGGCCUGGUCCCCGGCCCAGCCCAUGCAAAGGAACACGGGUGACAGCUGGGAUGCUUUGAGAGAAACUGUCCUGAGGUAGAGGUUGAAGCUGUGUGGACUGCCUGGAGGAUACCUGCCUCUACAGGGAAAGGGGUGGCUUUUUGAGACCUUGGAGAUUUAAAAUCAACAGGGGAAGGUGCCUGGGGAGGUACUGCUCACUGGGCCACAGCUGGUGCUCAUGAGAGAACAGGCACGUUCACAAGAGAAACCAUGAACGAAGGAAGCGUUAAGCGCGUUUGAGUUCGUGCUUGCGCUGUGGCCACAACGGCUAGGGGUCUGAGCCAGUCCGUGGGGGACUCAGCAGAGCACAGCUCCGCCAUCCCAGGGAAGCCUGUACUGCCAGAGGCAGGAGCGGGCCUCGCUCAGAGCGAACAAGCCAGGGCUGGCUUGAAGGCACGUUGCAGGGCUCCCUGCUUUCUUCGAGAAAUGCCUGGGUCCCACACAGGCCAGAGUCGCCUUGCAUGUGCAGUCUAAGACUUCUCUGGGCUGUUCAGAGUGGGUGCUCAGAACCCAGAAUCCUACACCGCCCAGCAGCAUCCCCAGAUGGAAACCUGCUAGGAAACCUGGUUGGAGAAGACACUUCAAACCUUGCCUUGUCUACUCCUCAGGGAUAGGUGUUCUCUGGCCCCCAGAAGAAUUAGUUGUGGUAAAGAACCACGGCCCGUGUGACCUUCCUCCUGCUCCUCUUCCUUGGACCCUCUUCUCAACCACUUCCUUCCUCUGGCUCUUAAGACACAGCAGGUUCUGUGAACUCUCUGACAGACUAGCAGGGCGGGUGGUCAAGGCUCUGAUUGAUUUCUGCCUGCCCCAGAGAGCGAGCAGUUGCACUGCAGGCGUCCAGAGCUUCCAACUGGGGGUUCGGGUCCUGUCUGACGUGUCACUUAAAGGCCAAAAAACCACCUACAGCAAAUUUUGCCUCAUUGUUUGCUGGUAUUGUACAUGUUUCUCCUAAGUCACUCCGAUCUUAAUUAAGCCCUGGUAUAGUAAGAAAGAGGGCUGAUGUCUCCUGAGCCUCUCAGGGCGUGUUGUCAAGCCAACCAGAACUCAGCUUCCCUGGCG